CUGAACAUGGCUGCGGGUAAAGAUGUCGGUGAAAACACACAAAAUAGAAGAGGUACAGAGUGCAACAUGGUGAUCAAUCAUGAGGAAUCACCGGGGGGCUCUCGUGCUGGCCGACCACCAGUCAUCUUCAACCCAGACUUUUUUGUGGAGAAACUGCGCCAUGAAAACCCUGAUAUUUUCCUGGAGCUGGUGCUUAGUAACAUCACUCGCCUUAUUGAUCUUCCCGGGACGGAGUUUGCACAGCUCCUUGGUGAGGAGGGUCCUAAGACCCCAACAGGUGGAAAUGGAGGCUUCUUUCGCUCUUUCAACUUCCUCAAACGCAAAGAUAAAGGCGUCGUGUUUGGAGCCCCGCUGACAGAGAGCUCCAUUGCUCAGAUAUACCAGCUCAUUGAAUACCUCACCAAGAAUCUGCAUGUUGAGGGUCUGUUUCGGGUGCCGGGGAACAGCGUUCGGCAGCAGACCCUGAAGGAGCUCCUCAACAGCGGGGCUGAUGUCGACCUGGAGUCUGGAGACUUUCACCCCAAUGAUGUGGCCACGUUGCUCAAGACUUUCCUGGGAGAGCUGCCCGAGCCCCUGCUCACACACAGACACUUCCAUGCACACCUUAAGAUAGCUGAUAUGACUCUAUUCGACGAACACGGCAACAAGACUGCGAUACCCAACAAGGAGCGUCAAAUAGAGGCCCUGCAGCUUCUCUUCCUGCUGUUACCUCAGGCCAACCGCUCACUGCUCAAACUGCUGCUGGACCUGCUUUACCACACCGCCAAGCAGCAGGACAAGAACAAGAUGUCUGCCUUCAACCUGGCCCUCAUGUUUUCCCCGCAUGUCCUUUGGCCCAGACAUAUGACGGCCGGUGACUUGAAAGACAAUCUGAAGAAACUGAACAACAGCAUGGCCUUCCUCAUCAAACACUCACAGAAACUUUUCAGGGCUCCCUUAUACCUGCGAGACUAUGCCAGAGUGCACUUCACUGGGACCAAGGCUCUGCAGAUCAAGGAUGAUCUGGAGCUGCUGGCGUCGAGCGGCUCUCCUGCUCAGCGGAGAGUGUUGCCUCUGAAGAGGACGGCUGUUCUGGGUCCCAGCUCUCAGGAGCAAUGCCAAUCACCAGCUCAACAAUACACAGAAGAGGCUCUGAAGGAGCUCUUCAGACACGUCCACCACAACAUGCCGGACUCCGCCAAGAAGAAGAAACUCGUCCGACAGUUGGUCAAACAGACAACCGCAGGGACGCCUACUAACGAGGCCCCCCCAGCUCCCAGCAAGAAACAUCCCCGUUCCCGCUCCUUUGGUGGUCUUAUCAAGCGCAAAGCUCGUGGCGAGCAGGUGACAGCAGAGAGGCGGCUAAGACACAUCUCCCCUGAUACUGUCACCAGCGCAGGAAGAAAACCUGGUAAAGAGAACGUCGUCCUCAAGCAGGCGGUGAACAGCCCAUUAAAUGGUCCCGUGUUGGGUAAAGCAGGGCUGGUAGUAAAAAACCCAGACUUUACUUUCAAAAAAGACAAAGCUCUGAAGGUUUCCAAGGACUCUCCCUCUGCGGCCAGGAUGUGUUUCUCUCCUGCUCAGGAGAUCUCAGCGUAAAACCCAACCUCCUCCUGGUCUGGGACAGGACUUUGGCAGUAUUAAUAUUACUAUUCCUCUUGUUUGUCAUCGUGUUUUCAUCGUAGUAAGUCUAAUUUAACUGUGACUAAUAUAUAGCAGCUUUUGUCUUGGCCAGAACAGCCAAGCCAAAGCCAGGUACUCUUCUUCUCUUCUUUUCCCUGCUAAACAUGAGUGAGUGUACUGACAGCAUUAAAUCCACCACUGUAGCUUUGCUCUUAGAUUAUACAAAAGCAGACCAGUCAUACAAACAAUUAUGACCUUAAUUUGUGACACUGUUUUACUUCUAUAAAUACCUUUACAAAGUCCCAAAUUUCUUUCAGUUCUGUUCAUUAAUAAUUGUAAUAAUUGUAGGAUUCUGAUGAUUGAAUUAAUAGAUAAUAAUUGAUUCAUUUAAGAAGCAAUGCAAAAUAUGGGAUUAUUGUUCAGCCACACUUUUAAUUGAAUGGCAUUUGAUUUGUGAGUAUAUGAGAAUCUGUGGAAGUCUGCAGCAGCUGCUGUGAAGAAUCCAAUUUUAUUAUUUAUUUUUUCCACAACAUUCUUAAUUUUUUUUAAAAUUGUUUUUAUAUCACAUAAUGAUCAAGUUUCAAAGUCUUCCAGAAUCUUGCUAUCAGGAUAGGGUUGGACGUAGGUGAGGAAACAUCUGGGACAUAUGAUCUGCUGAAAGAUCAUGUUUUAAAAUGUGCCCAACCCUUCACGUAUUCACGUAUCCACGUGUCCACAUUUCACGGCGCUCUGUACUGACGAGACGCUCACUUAGCUCCACCUGAACGUGAAUCAUUUAAACAGUCACCUGGGUCUUCGCUUUGGUUUGGCUGCUCUGGCUCAGACCUGCUUGUGCCAGUUAUCACUUGAAACUUUUGUUAGCUACUGUAUCAGAAUCUAUGACCACUAGCAAAUUGAGCUUACAGUUUGUAGAGUAUUUAUACAUGUUGUACAGUUGUGUGUGCGAGUGUGUGUGUUGUAUGCUUUUAGACUAUUUGGGAACUGUGGUGUUUGAUUUUUGGUACAAUAAGUUGCAACUCUGGAUACUGAUUGGAUGAUCAUUUGGAUUGGAUCAUUCAUCAGUGUGGUCACUUUAUUUUUCAAAUGUCUCCUGAUAUGAAAUCAGGAUUUAAUUAGAAUCACAUUUACCUCUCUCACAGGCUUGUUUGUUAUGAAAACAGUGAAUGGGAUCCCUGUUUUUGACAAAUUUUACAUUCCCAGAUUGUCUCAUGGGAGACGUAAUAUUUUUUAUUUUAGGAGAUUUUAUUUUUGUUUUUACUCUUUCUUCAGCUGGAUGAUGGACAGUCCAUUUGUUUUCAUUUUUAACAGAAGUGUUUGAGAGAUUUUUUUUCAUGUUGAUGAUUAUGAAGCGGAGAGAAAGCCAAGUGGAAAAAGCAAUUUUUGAAUGGAUUUGCUUUGGUUGAAGUGAGCAGUAAUCUGUUACAGUCACGUCCUCUCUUUUUCACAUGGUGUGUAUGUGUUUUAGCAUCUGAGGUUGAACUGUGUUAAGAAGAGGCCAUACUCUUGACAUGAAUCUGAGUAAACUAAGAAAGGAACUGAUUGGACAUCAGCCAGUGUCCACCUGUUUCUGUCUCAGCACAACACUUAUUAUCUUGACUUUAAUGUGUGCCGUAACAGACAGUUUAAAAGCAGAACGAUUAUAGAGUCCUGCCCUCACACACUGUGUGCUGUUACCGGCUGGGGGCUACAAGAGGUCGAUGAUAAGAAACGUCCCAAGCGCAGCAAAAUAACAGUGCAGGCAGAGGGCAGGUGCUCUGCAGAUGCAGUGACGAUUGAGUUAUUUUUAUGAGUCUGUCGUUUUUUCCGGAACAUCCUACUCACUCUGCCUUUAAACAGAUAAGUUGAAAAUGAUACUGUUUUUAGCAUUAUGUGUGAGUAAAGGGAUAUUAAGUAAUUCACAGGAGGGAUGUUGCAGCUUUGACAGGUUUCUGACAGACAUGUGACAAUAUAAAGGUCCAGUAAAGAGACAGUAUUUUCUUUGACCUUGUGCUGAGUUUAAACUUGUUUCCGUACAAAACUCUGCAAAGUACGUUGAAUGUCUCAAGUGCAUCAAUAGUCUCUUAUCACAAACAUCUGUGCAGUCUUUUGUUUGGUUAAAAUACGGUAUAAAAUUGUGAUUCAGUUUCUCUUGUCUCACAAAGAAUAAGUAAGCAAUGACAAUCUUUUAGUAUUUGGCUUUUUCCUAUCAUUGCCGGUAUAUGAAACGUUUGUUCAAUAUUCAGAAAGCACAUAUCCCUAAUAUGCACUUCAGAACACUUCAAACACAGCUGCAUUGUCGGUUUUGUGUUUGCAGAAAGUAAAAAUGUUACUAAUUCCCCUUUAAAUAUUUGACACUGUAUUUUUUUAUGUCCUCAGUUCCUUUAGCUUUACUCUUCAUGGAUUGACGUAACUGAUAUCUGCUCAAUAUGUUGUGUAGCGAGUGCAGAUGCACCAGUACCAGUUCCAGAUUUUCAGUGCUGGGAACUAAAUCAGGUUUCCCAGUUCAGUCCUUAUUGGAGGAACUGCAGGUUUCUCCAAACUUCUCCUCACGGAGGCCAGAGGUCAGCUGCAGAGCUGUGGGAAUCCGCUGCCCUGCUCAGUGACAUUAACUUUCGUAGAAGUAGGAGAAAAUCUCCAUGUUUUGCUUUUACUGAUGAUGGUUAACAUGUGCCAUGGUUAUAUUAUUUGUUUGGAUUUUUUGCCCCCCCCCCCCAGCCUUUGUGUUUGGAAUCUGUAAUUGGUGCAUCCUGUUUUGAAAGUGUUGUGGAUGUUGUAACGAUGGGUUUGUUGAAAGUGAUUGAGGUGUUGAACAUGACUGACAUGUCAGUUGCAGAUGGACAUUUAAAAACUUUGCCACCUUUUGAUUUGCAGCAUGUUGUCAUAUUCGUUGUCUAUGCAGGACUUCUUCUUUUUUUUUUUUUUUUAAAAUAAAACCUGACUGAAUUCAUCUCAGCAGAGAAACUGCAUUUUGACACUGGGAUGGGGUUUCUCCUUGUUUCCUUUUCCUCUUCUCAUGAAGUCUUCUGGUUCUGUUGUAUUUAUUGCUGUUCGGGAGACAAAAACCCUUAUGUGGGUGACAUUUAUGAGCCAAAUUUAAGGUACACUUUUUUCCCUUUCUCUUUUUU